GCUUAAUCGCUUUCAGUUUCCGCAGCAACGUUCGGUACUUGCGUUGUUUUGUUGAUCAACGUGCUCGUGAAGUUUUGCUACUGGCGUACAGCCGUAUUUUCCGCGAGAGAAAACUCAUCCCACCGAAACCAUAAAAAGAGAGAGAGAGAGCACGCGCCAGGGCCCUAGCAGGAAGGUAUAUUUGAAGCAACGGAACCAGUGCGAGAACGUUAUCCGUACGCUGCGGUCUAGUCGCGUUCAUCCUUCACGUCCGGCCUAUUACCGUGUCAUGUAGUGUAUGUGUAGUGCCGUUUGAGGUCGUGCGCAUCCUUCCCCAACAACAGCAACAACAACAACAACAACCCACCAUCACCUAACGAAGGCACAAAAACUCACAGUAACCACGGGGUGGAGAAGUUUUCACCGCAGUUAUGCACCAUCAUACAUCAUCGGCAGCGCGAUAGCGACGAUAAAAUCCCUAAACGGCAGUGUGAGACACAAACGCCUCCGCUUCAAAUGGAUUGCGAUUGUACACGAUACUGACCCCGUCGUACAUUUGAAACAGGUCACAUGCAAACGGAUGACAUCAGUUGACAAACUGUAGAAACGGUUAGAUAGGAAUAUAUUUCCCCUCCUCGGUUUCGUCCCCGAUACGUCCUUCCAGGCCCUUGCCCACCGCUCCUCGCCGCCACCCUUUUUCCAGACAUUCCACCAACAUUCCGGUACUUUUUCGCAACGGCAUAGCGGUCAAAUAUUUCGGGCAAAGCAUUGUUUAAUCUGGCAGCAAAAAAAAAACAAAAAUUGGAGAAACAAAAGGAAAACGUAGGAAAACAAAAUUUCCAUCACGUUCUGCACUCGUUCUGGCGUGACAAUUCUGGACCUGGACGCGGCCCUUUGUUCACAGCCUACACAGUACACUUGCGUACACGCACCCGUUGACGGUCGUGCAGAUUCUGCAGCAUCCUGUAGGCGAGUGUGACGCGGGAAAGCGGAGGUUUUUCCUGCUUUCCAACACAUUCCCACAGUCACAUCGAUUGAUCCGGCUUGUGUUUUGGUGAAUAAUUGCUAGUGAAUUAUUACGACAUGUCUGCAGUUUGUCCGAAAGGCUAACAUAUUUCUCAGACUGAUUUAUGUUUAGUACGUGCUACGUCUUGUGUGUGUGUGUGCAAACCGUUCAAACGUGUGAAGCGUGCCAGUUAAAUUGAAAACAUCCACACCACGGCUGGAGCAAUAUCAAUAAAAGUCAAACAACGGCAAUCCAUCAAAGUAGCUUGCUGGUCGUUUACGAGUUUGACUACAGCAAUUUUUGACGGUUGCGUGGAAAAACGAGCCAAAACAAGCAACAACAAAAAAGGAAAUUAAGUGAAUAUUUGUGUGUAUGUUUUUUUUUUAUUGUUGCUGCUGUGCUGUGUUCUUCCGUCUCACAAAUAUUUGCAAAUCGGGCGAACCGAGACGAACGGCCACGUCCGACCAGACCAGUGCUAAGUAGCCGCGUACCAUUGCUCGUCUGCUUCAAUGUCCUGCGAGAGAAACAAAGUGAGGCUGUGGAAUUGUUGAGUUCGCAAGUGAGUGAAGGUGUGCGUGUGUGUGUGUAUUUGAGUAUUAAAAGCGCGUUGGGGCGUUGUUGGUAGUCGAAACGAGCAAAGGCUACUGGUGAUAAAACCAGAACCUCCAACAACACACAAAGUUCUAUAUCAGCCGACAACAACCAGCAUCCAGCAAAAACGGAAGGCGAAGAAAGACGUUCAGCAAUAACAACAACUUUGAGGCUGCUUCUACUCUCGCCAGCACUCUCGGGGUUUUUUUGCGAAAGAGAGGAAAAUCUGCAUCAUCCCCCUGGUUGUACAUUUUCCACCCCUAUUUGACAGUCUUUUGAUUGAAGUGUGUGCCGGACUAGGAAAACUUCAUCACUAAGCCAUAGAGAAAGAGAGAGAGAGAGCCCAGCAACCCAACGCAAGAGAAAAAUCGCGUUGUGUGAGAGAAAGCGUGCGAGAGAGAUAAAGAGCGAGAGGAAAAACGAAACAACAGGCAACGAAACGACGAGUGGAGCGGUGAAAAUGUCGACAAACGAUGCUAACUUUAUGCUGUUUCCAAACAUCAACGAUUGUUCAUACGUUUCGUGCUACUGCGAAGAAAAUGUUUGGAAGCUGUGCGAGCAAGUGAAGAAAACGUACCCUUCGGAGCUGCCGAAAUGUUACGCCGUGUUUGUGUCGAACGAACGGCGCACCGUGCCGCUGUGGAGACAAAAGGCGGGCCGGGGCGAUGAGAAGCUGGUGAUAUGGGACUACCACGUAUUUUUCAUGCACAAUCCGUCACCGCACCGGUGUCUGGUGUUUGAUCUAGACACGACGUUACCGUUCCCGACCUACUUCCACAAAUACGUUACCGAAACGUUCCGAUCGGAUUAUGCCUUAACGCCGGAACAUCACAGAUUCUUUCGGGUGAUACCGGCAGAGAAAUAUCUGGCAGAGUUUUCGUCCGAUCGACGACAUAUGCGUAGACCGGAUGGUUCCUGGAUUAAACCACCACCGUCCUAUCCACCAAUACAGACAAGCGCGAGCACCCACAGCUUAGACGACUUUAUCUGCAUGAAGCCCGGCAAGGGACCGGGUGCGGUGUACGAUUUGCUACAUUUCGUACAGCAGUUCUACAAACCGCCGGAUCGGAACAUCGGUACGAAAACGCAAAAUUAAAAUCACAUUAAGCAAGGCACGACGUUACGCGGCGAACGAAUGUUUAGCGAUGCCGGUGGCAAUAGCUAGCAAGAACUAAUUAGCGAGCACUGUAACUGAGGGCCAAUCCAAGCGCCGACUACGCGUACGCGUCGGCCUUCCUCUCCCUCAAGAAGAAAAUGUACGGUGGCGUACGGGAUACGGUACCUUAUCAGAACACAACACCAGGAAUACGCACCGUGCCAUUGUGUAAGAAGUAUGAAAGUGGGUAAGUUAGUGGGUUUUUGGUCGGGUCUCUCGAGCAGUUUUGCAUGGUGUUUUUUUUUUCGUUUUUGUUUCGUAAAUGCUAAACGAAGCAAGAGCUGUUGCGAUGAAGCGAUGAAUGCAAUAAAACCGGUGCGAACCUUUAGCUACCCAUUACUGACAACGUAAAACCGAUAGCCCUAAGUAAAUGUGUCCGUACAGUGGAGAGAAGAAAAAACAAACGGUGAACGUAUAGCAUUUUUAAAAUUGCUUCCAAUAGUGCUACCGGAAAAAUGAGAAGCAACUUAAAUUCUGAGCGGAAAAGUAAAUAAAAACACGCUUGAAGAAAAUAAGAAAAAUACAUGUUAAAGCUGCUUUCACACAGCUUGGCGACUAUAUUGGUAUUGGGACAAUUGCGUUAUUCAAAAAAGGUAGCUAUGAAGCCACUAAACUAUUGCCACGUACACUGGAACGGACCCUGUCCUGUACGAUGCAGCAAACACACAAAUAUAUGUAUUACGAUAUCAAAAUCAAAUAAAUGCACAAACAGAUGCAAGCAUUAAAACCAACUAAGAGCUAAGAAAACAAAAAACAAACAAACUAUAAAUUGCCGCAUUUGCAGCGUGACUUAUUGUUAUCUAAUGUAAUAAAACGAAACGUCGUUGAAAAAUGGAAGAAGAAAAAAAAGGUCGUCCUUCAAAAUCAAAACACAAACAUCACAUAAACAUUAGCAAAGUGCACCAGCAAAUGAGACAACAAUAAGAAAAGAAAACCACAACCGCACGAACAGAAAUAUGUUAUUGAAAAUGAGAGAAAAUAAAAACUAUCGGCAAGCAAACAGCGAAGAGAGUUUUGCAGUAGGCACGUUACAUUACUUCUGUUUAGACGAUAAAGCAAACUUAUGAAAUAACACUGCAGAAUCAAACAAAAGCAAAAGGAACGUCUCAAUACGUUACCGUAACUGCACACAGCCUAAAUGAGAAGUUCGUUGGCAAAAGAGAAAAAAAAACAACAUCCGGAAAUGUGGUAAUUGAAACAUUAUGUAUGGAAAUGUAUCUUCUACUCUACAAUGUGAUAUUAGUUAACUAAUUACAAAAAAACACACCCGAGGCGAAAGAAAGCAACAAACACCCAAACAUACAACUGAAUUAUGAUGAAAUAAUAAUGGCACGCACACGAUAAGAAUAACAUGCAAUAUGUUGAAUGUUUUUCAAGUAGAUCUUUUUAAAAAAAAAUGCAAGUUUUAGGAGAGUUUUAAUCGGUUUUAUUUCGAACAUAAUAAUUUAAGAAUGAAAUUAAUUUAUUAAUUAGUUUCAUUGAAGAAUCCAGCAGAUGCCGUCAUACUGACAAUUUAAAAAAUUAAUUAUAUUCAUUACACACAUUUUCAUUUAUUUUCACAAGAGCAAGAACAUUAUCAAACGUAGUAAUAUGAAUGAUUAAACUUUUUUAUUCAACUUUUUAAUGUUUACAACAGUUGUUGGUUCAAUGAUUGGUUUAUUCCCUUUAACUUUUUUUUUGAAAUAAUAACAACUAAUUUAUACAUUUGAGACGCAAUGUUGUAGUGAACAUUUUGCAAUAAAAUUUGAAUGUUGGUCCCAAUCCGCAUCAGAUUUGGAAUCUUGAUUUCCAGAAGUUUAGAAUAGUUUUUGAACCAUUUUACUAUUGAAAAUGGUAUGAUAAGUAAUUAAAAUAAUUUAUUUGUGUGUAAAUUUCAUAAUUAAUUCUAAGCAAAUAUAUCAAUCAUUGAACCAACAUUUAUAAACAUUUAAAAAUUAAAUGACAAAUUUUUAUCUUUCAUGGAUUCAGAUUUGAUUAUGUCCUUGUAAUGGUAAUAAAACAAAUGAAAAUGAGAGUAUCUUUUACUAUAGUAUCUUUUACUACUUUUUUUACUUUUACUACUUUAGUAUCUUUUACUAAAAUGGUCAAAACCCUGUAAAAUAUUAUCCAAUCAAUUUUAGUAGCAUUUUAUUGUUGAUUUGAUUCGAUGCUCCAGUUUAAACAGUCUGUGGUUGAGGUAAAAAUCAAUUAGCAAACGACAAUCUGUUUUGUGUGUAAUUGUUUAAUCUUGCUUUGGUGGGGUAAUUUUGUCGCCAAACAAAUAAAAGCCACGGUUAAAGCUAUUACUGUUACACAUCUAUUUUCAUCCAGCUUUAUGUAAGCAGUAACAUUAAAUAGUUAUAGAUAGAAAAGAAGGAAAACAUAUUUUAACAAGGAUCCAUUGCGGAUCGGUUUCAAUUUAGUUGUUUGUUUUAUUCUCUAGAACGAAAUUUUCAAAUUAGCCUUUUGUAACUUUACGUAUACAUUGUACGAUGUUUGUUGUCGGGAAUAUAUGUGAAAGAAGGGAGUAGAACAAUGUAUUUACAGGGAGCAUGUAGUUAAAAUGUAAAGUACAUUCAAUUGGGCCUACCAACAGAGGCUGUACUAUUUUUCCAUUGUAUGUAUGUUUCAUACAAUUUAUCUACAGCUAAGUUUACAGGGUUUUUCGGUGUUGGAACAGUGAGUGUUCUGUAGUGUUUGAUUGCGUUUAACAUUCUUUCCAAUCAGCUAAGCUUUUAGCAAAACUCGCCGAUACAUUUGUUCAUGCCAAAGUCGUCAUAUUGCCACCGUCUUUUCCAUGUUUUGAAACAGUUUUGUACUAAUAUUGAUAACAAAUGUUUAAUAACAGAAAAAAACAACACACUUAGCUCUCUUAUACAAAAUUUGCACUACCAAGCAGCACAACGUUUCGUGCUCGUAACAGAACAAAUCGUAUAUUUUGGUCCAUUUUAAACAGAUAGUAGAAAACAAAAUACAUUUCGUUAAACUCCUACAACCGAGCACGAGCACGAUGUUGAAAGGAUGAAGGGAGGAAAAGAAAAAGACGAAAAAAAGCAAAAACCCAGACGCCAAAUUACUUACAGACAACUUAAUCUUUUGAUAGUCUUUUGCAAUCUUACAACAUCAAACACAUCUCGUACCGGCAUUGGUGAUGUUUCUGUACCUAAACACGAAUGAAUGGCAAAUGGCCGAACGCCAUGGGACAGGUUUUUUCUGUACUUAGCGCUAUAACCAAGCGCCAUACUCUAGCAUCUUAAUGAAUCACCUUAACCAAUUUCUAUCUCAAACCGCACCCUCUUCUUUGAAGUUAAGAAGUAAGUAAAAAAAAAUCAUCAUCAAAAAUCAUAAAGCAAGCAUACUUAGUGAGCAUUCCGGGGCGGAAUUUGAACGAAUAGUGAACAAGAGACAGAGGGCAGAAAAGCGGAAAGAAAACAACAAUUAUGCUACGCUUGUACUAUUGAUCGUGCGCAAGUUGCGGGAACUUAUUUACGCAAAGCCAGCACUUACUAUCCACACUUAUUCUCAAACCAAUCCAAAAGUCCAAGUACGGUUAAGAUCGUUGUUAACUUUUUCCCCCAUUCUCUUCCUCACUGUUUGUAGUUAGUGACAUAACAUAAUUAUUAACAUAUUUUAAAAUGCUACGGAUUUAACUAAACAAACAAAAAAGAAAAAGUAAAUCAUAACAUAAAAUGAAUAAACUGAAAUAUGAAAUCCAUUACGUUUAUUAGUAGCAGUAUGUAUUCACUAUCUGUAUUACAGUUUGAUGAGUCUACUAAAGCAUUAUCAGCGUGUUAGCGUAACAAUUUAAGAUUAUAAAAAAUGCUGAUACAAAAAAAACAAACAUCCUGACACUUACGCAUCUAAAUUACGAUACUCUGCAUGGUCCGGUAUAUGGUAAAAAGAAAAGGUAAAAUGGCAAUCGUAUGAGAGCAAAGAAAAAAGUAAAAACCACUUCUAACAAUGAUCGAUUGCAAUAAUAAUUAGUUUUUGAAACGGGGAAAUAAAAGAAAAGGUACGAAGGUUUAUUUAUAUUAAAACAUAUUUUUUACACAGUACAGUAAAAUGCAGUUUGCACAACUCUUUUUACUAUCUCCUACACGAUCAAGGCCUCAACGAUCACUCAAACAUAUUUGCAACAACAACAAAAAAAACGAACGCAGGGUAAUGUGUGUGGUGGAAGUGGUGAACAGGUCACCAUAAUGUAUUGCUAUACUUGGAAGCGAUAUUAGCGGCUGUUGCUUAUUUAUCUCGCCAUUUGUAUCAACACAGUACAUACUGCAAAGAAGCAAAAAAAAAACGCUACUAUACACAAACGAAUUAACAAGCAAAACUGACAGGCAACAUGUUGAGACUAUCUUUUAACUGUAAAC